AUGCCUUCUCUUGACCUUGGCGACAACGUCUCCAUGGGUUCAUCGGAGGAGUCGGAACGAGAACUCGAGAAUCAAGUGAUUCCAGACACUCACACGCUUCAAAGACAGCGAACUCAAGAAGCCAACUUUCAAUUUUUGCUCAAGCAACAUGCUGAACGGGGACCGGAAGCCUAUUCAGAGUCCCGGAGCCACUACAACAAUGAUGACAAGUUCGAGGAUGAUUUAUACAGUGUACCAAGCAUCUCUCAGUUACUCAAGAGACAAGAAGCGGGUCGAGCAGAUUUGCGUCCACGAGUCUACCAGCUCGAGCUUUUUGAGCGAGCAAAAACAGAGAACACAAUCGCAGUGCUCGAUACUGGAUCUGGGAAAACAUUGAUCGCUGUACUUCUCUUGAAGAACGUUCUGCAACAAGAGCUCAUUAGCCGUGGGGAUGGGAAACCUCCACGAAUCGCAUUCUUCUUGGCUCAUAGCGUCACUCUCGUGUACCAACAGGCGGCAGUCCUGCGACAAAAUCUUGACCAAAAGGUGGCAUUCAUCUAUGGUGCUAUGGGACCCGAUUUGUGGGAAAAGAGCACUUGGGAAGAAUGGUUCACCAAAAACAUGGUCAUCGUCUGCACGGCAGAAAUCCUGAAUCAUUGUUUGCUCAAUGGCUUCAUCAAGAUGGACCAGAUCAAUAUCUUGAUCUUCGACGAAGCCCACCAUGCAAAGAAAUCCCACCCUUAUGCUCGUAUGAUUCGAGAGUUCUACCUCAAAGCGCAACCGUCGGAGCGUCCGCUAAUCUUUGGUAUGACGGCAUCCCCUGUCGAUGGGAAGACCAAGAUGACAGAAGCUGCAGCGCGACUAGAGGCUCUUCUCAACAGCAGAAUUGCGACUACGGCAGAUUUGGCGGGACUUCGUGAGGUCGUCAACAAGCCCACUGAAGAGACUUGGACAUACCCAAAGCUGGACCCCCCAUAUGCGACCAAGAUGUAUUCUCAGCUCAAGCGAAGCUUCGGGAAAAUCAAGUCUUUGGAACCUGUUUUCCGGUUUGCCUGGACUGCCAGCUCUGAGCUAGGCGAAUGGUGUGCUGAUCAAAUUUGGCGGCGAGCUUUGAGGGAGGACGUAAUUCCCCACCUUGAAAGCAGCAUGGAAAGUCAUGCUGCGCUCAACUCGCCUGAUCAAGCGCAAAAAGAAAGAGAACAGGAGCUUUCUGCAGCACAGGAAGCAUAUGAAAUGGUGCAAAGUUACAAAUUGCAAGACCCAACCGAUCCCAAUCAACUGAGCUCUAAAGUCAAACUUCUCAUUGAGAGACUGACGCUUCACUUCAGUGAGUCGAGUGAGAAUAAAUGUAUUGUCUUUACAGAAAGACGCAAUACGGCGAAGACAUUACUUCACCUUUGCGAGCGCCUGUCAUUGAAGAAUCUUCGUCCGGAAAUUCUGAUUGGAAGUCGGAACUCUGAUAUCACUGGAAAUGUGACCUUUCGCAACCAAUUUGAAGUCACAUCCCAUUUUCAGGAUGGGAAAGUCAAUUGUCUCUUUGCGACCGCAGUGGCGGAAGAAGGGCUAGAUAUUCCUGACUGCAACUUCGUCAUCAGAUUUGAUCUUUACAACACACUCAUCCAGUACAUUCAAAGUCGCGGACGUGCCCGCCACACGAGAUCGAGAUUUGUGACCAUGAUCGAAGCUCAUAACGAGAAACACAAGAAGAAAAUUCAAGAAGUGCGGGAGUCGGAGACUUUGAUGAGAGCGUUCUGUGAGACUCUGCCAAAAGAUCGACUGUUGCGCGGCUAUGAGUACGAUCUUGAUCUGAAAUCAUUACUUGGCAAAGAAAGGGGGAAGCGUACUUACACCAUCGCAUCCACGGGGGCAAGGUUGACCUACGAACAUGCCAUCGAUGUUCUUGACCGGUACGGUGCUUCACUUCAGUAUCGUGAAGAGGACAUCGAAGAAGGUCGCAAUAGUGGCCAAAGAGGAACGCGCAAAUAUGUGAACUACAUAAUCAUCUCCAUGGGAGACAAAUACGGUUGCGAGGUCAUGCUUCCAGAUAAGUCUCCUGUUCGAGGUGUCUUAGGCACAAUGGAAUCGAGCAAGGCAAUGGCAAAAGGGUCAGCGGCUUUUGAUACCUGCUUGCUGCUCCGCAAGAGCAGCCUACUUGAUAGCCACUUCAGACCGAUUUUUCGACGAACACUGCCUCUCAUGCGAAACGCAAAACUGGCGAUCGCGUCGAAGAAGCAAGAAAAGUAUGAUCGGCGCUGCAAACCGUCCUUCUGGUCAUACGGAAUUGGUUCAGCACCAGAGUUACUCCAUGUGGCAGUGAUCAAGCUAGAGCCGAUCAAACCUUUAUCCCGUCACCACGCGCCGAUGUUGUUGCUCACACGGCAGAAGCUCCCAAGUCUGCCGCCAUUUCCUGUGUAUUUGGAUAAUGAUGUGGAGACGACUGUUCGGACCGUGUGCGUUGAAGGCUCGAUCGCUCUCACAGGAGAUGAUUUGGACUGUUUGACAGCCUUCAUGCGAUCGGUCUUCCGUGAUGUUUUCCAUAAGGUAUUUGAACCACUGGGAGAAAAAUUUCCAUAUUGGCUCGCGCCUGCACGAGAUGGCAUGGUCGGCAUAAUGAGUGAGGAGCAACCACGCGAAUUGAUCGAUUGGGAUGCACUAGAGUUUACCCGAGGUCAUGAUGAUUGGAGAUGGUCCCCAGACCUGGAUCCUAGUGUGCUUCUGAAAACAUUCAUGUAUGAUCCAUGGAGUGGGAAAUAUCGAUAUUUCCCACUGAGGAUCGAUCCUGACUUACGUCCAUCAGAUGUCCCACCUGCAUGGGUGCCACGCCGACGUGAUAUCAACAUGGAAAACAUCAUGAACUAUUCGUCAAGCCUAGGCAAAAAGUCAAGAAACGCAAUUUUGGAGCAAUGCGACUGGAAUCAACCUGUGAUUCACGUCGAGACAGUGUGUCUCCGCAGAAAUUUCCUUGAUCCAGGCGCAGAACUGGAUAAAGCAGAGAAAGCGGUUUGUGUCGUUUGCCCGGGACCAUUGAUGCUUUCAGCUCUACCAUUGACCUUUGUGACAUCUUGCCUGGCGUUUCCUGCUAUUAUUAGCCGUAUUGAGUCGUAUCUGAUCGCAUGGGAGGCAGGCCAGCACUUGAACCUCGAUUUGCAGCUGCACCUUGCCCUCGAAGCCCUCACCAAAGACUCGGACAACACAGAUGAGCAUCGAGAGCUUCAAAUCCACGUUCAAAGAGGCAUGGGCAAGAACUAUGAGCGUCUCGAAUUUCUCGGGGACAGCUUUCUGAAGAUGGGUACGUCAAUCGCACUCUAUUGCCAGAGGCCAGACGACAAUGAAUACGACUAUCAUGUUUACCGGAUGUGCCUCGUUUGCAACAAAAAUCUCUACGAAAGGGCUGUGAACAUGAAAAUACACGAGUUUGUUAGAAAUCGAGGGUUUUCUCGCAACACUUGGUUCCCUCCCGGCCCCCGUCUUCUCCAAGGCCGGGACAUCUCCAAGAAUUUCGAGAUGGAAAGUAGUCACGAACUUGGCAAGAAGACAAUUGCUGAUGUGUGCGAGGCCCUCAUUGCAGCGGCAUUAUUAUCAGGCGGCAAAAGCCAUAGAAUGGAUAGCGCUGUUCGCGCCGUGACUCUCUUCGCACACAAUGAUACACUUCAGGUCACUCACACCGCAACAUGCUGGGCAGACUACUACUCCUCUUACACCAAGCCGAAGUGGCAAAAUAGCAAACCGAAUGGCUACGAGCUGGAUCUCGCGCAACAGAUUCAAGCAAAGCUUGGCUACACGUUCAGGUGUCCCACUUUGUUGCGAUCUGCUUUUACACACUCGUCGCUUCCACGCCAUCUUGCGAUUGUGCCGUGCUAUCAACGCCUCGAAUUCCUGGGCGACGCACUUCUUGACAUGGUUUGUGUCGAGUAUCUUUUUAAUCGCUUUCCGGACAAAGACCCUCAAUGGCUUACAGAACACAAGAUGGCGAUUGUCUCGAACAAGUUCUUGGGCGCCUUGACGGUCCACCUCGGACUGCAUCGACAUCUGCAGCAUGCAGAUGGGCCUAUUCAAGGUCAGAUUACUCGCUACGCAUUGGAGAUGCAGGAAGCAGAAGAGAAGAGUGCUGGGAAGAUGGACUAUUGGCUUCAUGCCUCGGACGCACCAAAGUGCUUGCCGGACAUGCUCGAAGCAUAUAUUGCCGCAAUAUUCGUGGACUCCGAAUUUGAUUACAGCGUUGUGCAAGAAUUCUUUGGGAAGCACAUCCAGCCGUACUUUGAGGACAUCUCACUCUACGACACCUUUGCAAACAGACAGCCAACAAAGACCUACUUGUUCCACCAAGUGGCCAGCAUCUAUGAAUGCCGAGACAUCAGCGUAAAGGUUGGCAAAAUUCCCGAUACAGACUCAAAACAGCCCAGGAUACUUGCAGCUGUCAUGAUACAUGGCCAAUAUGUCGGAGAGGCAGUUGGCAGUUCCAGUCGGUACGCAAAAAUUCGUGCAAGUGAGCGAGCCACCGAGGCACUCAAAACACUCUUACCGGCUGAUUUUCGCAUCAAAUUCACAUGCGACUGCGGAUCGGCGGACCCUGGUAGAGUGAAAGGGAAUUAG